AUGAGGCCGAUACUCUCGGCAACCGGGACAUAUAAUUACAAGUUGGCUUUAUGGCUUGAUGAAAAGCUUAAACCUCUAUCAGUCAACGAUCACACCAUCAACUUACCCGGCGCAGAGUUGCUAAAUAUAACCACCAAGAACCAGCUUUUUCAGUUUGAGGGAAGUUUGUAUGAACAAACCGAUGGUGUUGGUAUGGGUUCGCCACUGGGACCCCUAAUGGCCAACGCAUUUAUGUACAGUAUCGAAGAUCGACUUCAGGACCAAGGCAAGUUACUCGAGUUCUACAAACGCCAUGUGGAUGACACAUUGAGCAUAAUGCCUGACACCGAAACAGCUGAAGCAUUCCUUUCCUCUCUAAAUGAGAGCCAUCCAUCUGUCAGCUUCACCAUGGAACUUGGCGAACACGGUAGACUUCCUUUCCUGGGAACGGAGAUCAGGAAAUGCAAUGGUCGCCUGGAGAUAAGGGAGUACAGAAAACCAACUGACACCGGAACAUUACUACAUUACAAGAGCCACGUCGAUGUUAGAUACACGAAGUCAUUGUUAAAGACAAUGCUGGAUCGUGCCUUUAAAGUGUCAUCUACCUGGCAACUGUUCCACUUGGAAGGUGAUCGUCUCACACAGACGUUUUCCCGACUUCAGUACCCAACCCAACUGCUGCAAUCGACCAUCAGUAAUUUUGUCACCAAGAAAGUUUCUGGCAAUCCAAUUUCCACACGAGCAUGUAAAUGAAGCGCCUCUCAGAAUAGUGUUACCAUUCAAGGAUCAGAGAUCGGCCAAUUCCGCACGAAGGCAACUCGGGGAACUAGGCCGCAAAAUUGGAAUUGAUAUUCGCCCCGUGUAUACAAGCCGUAAGAUCGGACACGAGAUCAAACCAAAAGAAAAGAAGC